GGAGGAGGAGGAGGCGGCCGAGGACAGGGCGGCGGCGGCCCGGUCCCCGUCCGCGAUGGCAGGGCAGAGCGGGGCGGAGGAGGCGGAGGAGGCGGAGGCGGGCGAGCGGACCCCGCUCCUGGGCGUCGGGCCGCCGGCGCCGCCGUCGCGGCCGUGGCGGUCGUGGUCGAGGAGGAGGCGGCCGUGGCGGCGGAGUCCGGCGGGCCCGGCGGGCUUGUCGGGGCGGCGCCUGGCGUGCGGCGCCGUGCUGCUGUCGGAGCUGCUGGAGCGGGCGGCCUUCUACGGCCUCACCUCCGACCUGGUGCUCUUCCUCAACGGGCCGCCCUACGACUGGGAGGGCGCGCAGGCCAGCCAGGCGCCGCUGCUCUUCGUGGGCCUCACCUACCUGGCGGCGCCGUUCGGGGGCUGGCUGGCCGACGCGCGUCUGGGCCGCCGGGCCGCCGUCCUGCUGGGCCUGGGGCUCUGCCUGCUGGGCCUGCUGGCCUUCCCGCUGCUGGCCCUGCCCGCCUCCCGCGCCGCCCUGUGCGGGGCCCGGCCCCUCCGGCCCCUCCGCAACGCCUCCCGCCCCCAGCCCGACCCCGACCCCGACCCCGACCCCGGGCCCGGGCCCCCCUACUGCGCCCCCGCCGCCUACCUGGGCCUGGCGCUGCUGGGGCUCGGGGUGGGCACCGUCAAGGCCAACAUCACCCCCUUCGGCGCCGACCAGGUGAAAGAUCGCGGUCCAGAAGCCACGAGGAGGUUUUUUAACUGGUUUUAUUGGAGCAUUAAUUUGGGAGCAAUCUUUUCCCUAGGAGGCAUUGCCUAUAUUCAGCAGAAUGUGAGCUUUGUUAUCGGCUACAUCAUCCCCACAGUUUGCAUUGGGAUUUCAUUUAUGGUAUUUCUCUGUGGUCAGAGCGUCUUCAUCUCCAAACCUCCGGAUGGGAGUGCUUUCACCGACAUGUUCAAAAUUUUGGCUUAUUCUUGUUGCUCACAGAAGCGGUUCAGGGAAGCCCAGAGUAGUGGGGAAAACAGCGGAGUACAGCAGUCAUACAGACAGAGUCUCUUUGACUCCUCAAAGAUCUCAAGAGGAGGGCCGUUCACAGAAGAUAAAGUCGAAGACGUAAAAGCUCUCAUCAAGAUCAUUCCCGUAUUUUUAGCCCUGAUACCUUACUGGACAGUUUAUUUUCAAAUGCAGACAACAUAUGUUCUGCAGAGUCUUCACCUGAAAAUCCCAGAAAUUUCGAGCGUUACGACUACUCCCCAUACGUUUCCAGCAGCCUGGCUCACUAUGUUCGACGCGGUGCUCAUCCUGAUCCUGAUCCCCUUAAAGGACAAACUGGUAGAUCCCAUUCUGAAAAGAAAUGGCCUGCUCCCGUCGUCUCUAAAAAGGAUUGCGGUUGGAAUGUUCUUUGUCAUGUGCUCGGCUUUCGCUGCAGGAAUUUUAGAAAGUAAAAGACUGGACAUUGUGAAAGAGAAAACAAUCAAUCAGACGAUUGGAAAUGUGGUGUACCAUGCUGCUGAUUUGCCAAUAUGGUGGCAGGUGCCACAGUAUGUACUAAUUGGGAUCAGUGAGAUAUUUGCAAGUAUAUCAGGUCUAGAAUUUGCGUAUUCAGCUGCUCCUAAAUCUAUGCAGAGUGCCAUUAUGGGCUUGUUCUUCUUCUUCUCCGGAAUUGGGUCGUUCGUUGGCUCUGGGUUGCUGGCUCUGGUGUCUAUUAAAGCAAUUGGAUGGAUGAGUAAUCAUACAGACUUUGGUAACAUUAAUGGCUGCUAUUUGAACUAUUACUUUUUCCUGCUGGCUGCUAUCCAGGGAGCGACCCUCCUGCUCUUCCUUAUCGUUUCUGUGAAAUACGACCGGCAGAGAUCGAGGGCCGACGGAAUGUCUGCCGGUGGGAGGACCUGACGCCUCCCGAAAUCGAAGUCGAGUUCACUCGAUCGACACGUCGACAGAUUAACCGGCAGUGCACUGGAAGGUCUGCAAGAUUUUAAGUUACCGUGAAAUGUAGGACUUCGUCUUAAAACUUGCAUGUUAUGUGAAACCGUUUCUUUUUUCCCUCUCUUCCUCAACGACGUAAGUGCCUUAUUUUUGUUGCCGUCGUAUUGCACUGUUCCCUGAUUUGUAGGGAAAAGGCAGAGUUUUAGAUGCGUUACUUUCAAGUGAGAGAGGUUCUCUCUGGGAAUUCUGCCGGUUUGUUUCCUUUGGGGUUUUUUUUUUAAAACUGCUGUGAUUUUUAAGAGUUCCAGAAAUGGUUACACCCAAGUUCGACACACGGACUUCAGCGAUCGUUUCUAAAGGGCGUCGAUACGAAUCCGACCCCUGGAAAUGCAGCCAAUUUAUAAAAGCGAUAUGUAGAUCACAGGUAUUAUUAAAGACGAAAGUAUUCCCCCCCCCCCCACCCCUUGAAAUGGGAUUGGUUCAUUUCCUUGAAGUUCAUAUUAUAAGCCAAGAUCACCUCGGGUAAGAUUUCCUUUGAUCUUUAUUAAAAUCCAAAUGUACGCUUACCCUACCUGGCACGGCAUCACCGAGCGGUAGAAUUAGAAACAGAAUUUGCCCCUUCACCUCAGCGGUGUCGUGAAAUUUUAGCCUCGCUUUGUUUGUCCCGGGCCUGUUUUAUCAAACACCUAUUUAGCCGACGUUAGGGUUGUGGCACAGGUUUUCUGCAGUAGCUGGAGCUAGGAUUGGGCCUGUAUUAUCUUUUCACCCCAGAAAGGCUGCUGGUUUAUGUCAGAAUAUUGGUGGAAUCGUGUUUCCUCCCCAGUGUUACCAAUUCCUUCGACUUCACUUUCAGGUAACUGGAAUGCGGGUGUGGGCUUAGUUUAAGACAUCUGAGGCCUUGUGUUCUGAAAUAUCUCCGUCACCUAGAUGAACGCGCACUACCGCGUAGAGGAUGUUUAUUUAACCAUCGUUUCUUCGGGCCUCGUGGGUCCUUUCUCCCGCGUGACCGGACCGGUCAUUCGCAGCCACGCAAUCCUGAUAAGAAUAAAUGCUUCAGGAUUUUUCUAUCUUUGAGACCUUUAUCAAAUUUCUCUAUCUCUUAUUUAAGCCUAAUGGGGGAGGGGGAGGAAAAGCGUUACUUUGCACAGAAUUAUUCAGAAAGGAAGCUGAGAAGUAGCAACCCGUCUUUUGAAAGUGUUAAACUUGUACCAUGGCCUUCUUAGCUAACCUGAACUCGAACCGUUACAUGAGUCUCUUUGUUUGUUUGAAGGAAUAGACAGAAGCCGCCGUUUGUGCUGUAACAUUAGUCCAUUUUUUGUGACUAGUUUUUUAAAAAAUAAACUAUUCUACCGGCGUC